ACAGAAAAUAAAUUACUAAAAAGAAACAAAAAAUACAGAACAAGUGUAACAAAAAUCGUGUCGCAAAAUGGAGAAGAACAAUAACAAUCUACAGGCGGAUAUUACACCGUCAGCCAACGGACAUGCCCUGCCAAAUGGCAAUGGUGCGGCAGUGGGCGUGGCAGAGCCGCUCAGCUGGAACCAAAGAAUGUGGAAUACCUGGGAUGCGUUCGCAGAUGUCAUGUGGUUCAUCAUCUGCAGCAUAGGCUAUAUACUUCAGGACCUUUAUUACAUCGCCUUCGGCUAUCCCGAAAAGGAACUCAACACGGACAUUGCGUUAAUCACAGGUGGCGGCAAUGGACUCGGCCGUCAGCUUGCCGAGCGACUGGGCAAAAUGGGCACCAAAAUUAUCAUUUGGGACAUUAAUCAAAAGGGCAUUGCGGAGACCGUUCAGAUCGUAGAAGAGGCGGGCGGCUAUUGCAAGGGCUAUGUGGUGGAUAUAUCAAAGAAAGAGGAGGUCUACAAAGCGGCCGAUGUCAUCAGAGCAGAAGUUGGUGAUGUCACUUUGCUGAUUAACAAUGCUGGAGUUGUGUCUGGACUGCAUCUGCUGGAAACGCCGGACCAUCUGAUCGAGCGUUCGUUCAAUGUGAAUGUUAUAGCACACUUUUGGACCGCAAAAGCGUUUCUGCCCAAAAUGAUCGAGAAGGAACGUGGACAUAUCGUGACGAUCGCCUCUCUGGCUGGCCAUGUUGGCAUUAGCAAAUUGGUCGAUUACUGUGCCAGCAAAUUUGCAGCGGUUGGCUUCGAUGAGGCGCUGCGUCUGGAGCUGGAAGUUCUCGGACAUACGAACAUACAAACCACCUGCAUUUGCCCGUUCUUCAUACAGGCAACGGGCAUGUUUGAUGAUGUGAAUGCCAGAUGGGUGCCCACAUUGAAUCCCAACGAUGUGGCCGAUCGCGUCAUCUCGGCCAUUAGGAAGAACGAGAAGCUGGCCGUCCUUCCCGGUUUCCUCAAGUUCAUGCUGUCCCUUAAGUGGACCUUCCCUUGGGGUUGUGUGGGCGGCUUGUUGCGUCGCCUGGUGCCCGACGCCUCGCCCCAUGGCCUGCCCAGCUCCAGCAGCACCAGCAGCAACAACAACAACAUCAAGAGCCAUGGCCAGGCGAAUGGCAACAUCAUGUCCUCAUCCACCGCCGCGGACAUGGCUGCCCUCGAUGCUCAGUUGAGCAGCGCCAGUGCCGCGCUGCCAGCGAAAUCACCCUCGAUGCUCAUCCAACGGACACCGUCAUUGGGGGAGCGGGUGCUCUGAGGAGCGCCGCCAGCCGGCUUCGCCCUUGCCUGCGCGUAUUUGUUGCUUUUGCAUUUUACGAGUUAUG